GUGGAAGUCUCAGGGGUCCCUUUGCUACUGGGUCUCCUUCUGCCUGAAUGAUGCUGCACAUCCCUGAGGCACCAGCUCCUUUCCCAACUGCCAACCACACGGGCAGGUUUGCUGACAAGCAUCCAGGUUCCAGUCCAAGAGGUGGGAGCCAAGGCGAGCACCUGGCAUCCCCCAGCAGUAGCUCCAGCUCUGCCAGGAAACAGGAGGCUUCACCGUAACUCCUGGAGUCGGAUUCGACACUUCAGGAUCAAGCAGUGAAGGACCUGGGACAAUCCUUGGACCCCAGAAGGACUCUGAGCAGCUGCGCUUCUCUUUCUCUCUGCCCCCAGUUCCUUCCCUCACCCUCUGCCCAUCAAUUUCUCACUUUUAUUCACUCCCUGCCCCCUUUCUCCCCCUGCUGUCCCCCCCACCACCCCGUCCUCACUCUUCUCUCACCCCGCCCCCCGCCGCGAUCACCUCCUUCCUCCACUCUGCAUCCCCUCUUCGCAUCCCCUUCCUUCCCCCCUCCCCCAUUUCCCUCCUGGCUGCCCUCCCCCUCCGACUUUUCCUUCUCCUUACUGCCCCCGCCCACCCUUCUCCUCCCCCCCCCCAACUUCUCGCUCUCCCUACCUUGUUCUCCUCCAGAUCCUUCCACCUUCCUCCUCACCUUCCUCUCCCCCCUCUUCUCCCUGAGCCCCCCCACCUCCCCCCCCAGCCCCGCCCAUCAAUGUUUGCUUUCCUCCCGGAUCCGGAUCCGGAUGAAGGGGUUGCCCUGCCUGUGCCCUGCCCUGCCCCACUUCUGGCAGCUGGGCUCUCGCUUCAUGGCCGAGGGCUCUGGGCCGCAGGCCCCGGGGAAAGGGCCGACGCUCAGCAUCCGGCUCCUGCGAGCCCAGUAUGAAGGCCUGAGACGGCAGCAGAGGGCCCAGGCCCACGCGGUGGUGCUCCCGAAAGGUACAGGAGGGAACAUGCCUGCUCCUGCUAAGUCCAUGGUCAGUGUUGUUUGGAUUAACAAGGAGAGCAGGCAUUCACUGUCCCUGGAAGAGGUGGACCCUGAGGCAGAGGAGAUGCUGGAGGAGGCUGACAGAGGCUGUCUCCAGGCCCCCACGUCUCCAUGGCGCACGCACCUAGAGAUGCACCGCUUGGUCCAAACCUUUCGCCAGGAAACCAGUCAUCAAGUAAAGCACAAGGACAAGUUUAUGGGGUCUGAGCAAAGGCUCCCAGGUUUAUUUAAAGACACUCAGAUGACUCAGCCAGGAACCACAAUCCCAGAGGCAGCCCAGUGUGGAUGUCAAGUGGGUGAUACCCAAACAAAGGCAGUGGGAUCUGGCUUAAACACUGGCACUCAGGGCCCUCCUUCCAUAAAGAAGCCACCCGGGUCUGGAAAACCAGCUCACUAUCCAUUUCCCCAGAGGAAAGCCCCCAGGAUCUCCCAGGCAGCCCGGAACCUGGGCUUAUAUGGCCCAGCCUGAAGCUUUCUACUCAAAGGUCUCAACCUGGAGGCCACCUAUGGCCCCACCUAAGAACCUGGGAGGCAGAGGCACAACUAGGUCUCUAGCUGGAAGCAGGACUGCACUACAUCAAUCAUAGGGAUUGUGGGAAAUGAACUGCACAGUGGGCACAUGGUCUUGUCCUUCAAAAAAAAAAAAAAAAAGAGAGAGAGAGAAUGAGAGAGAGAUGCCCCAGACCAGAUUGCUCACAGCUCAGGAUGAAAGAGUUCUGUCUGAUAGGUGCAGCCCCAUCCUGCUUAUAUUAAGAAGACAUUGCUGGGACUUCCCUGGUGGCACAGUGCUUAAGAAUCGAUCUGCCAAUGCAGGGGACACGGGUUCAAUUCCUAGUCCAGGAAGAUCCCACAUGCCAUGGAGCAAAUAAGCCCGUGUGCCACAACGACUGAGCCUGCGCUCUAGAGCCUGUGAGCCACAACUUCUGAGCCCACGUGCCACAACUACUGAAGCCUGUGUGCCUACAGCCUGUGCUCCAAGACAACAGAAGCCACCACACUAAGAAGCCCGUGCACCGCAACAAAGAGUAGCCCCUGCUCACCGCAACUACAGAAAGCCUGAUUGCAGCAAUGAAGACCCAACACAGCCAAUAAAUAAAUUAAUUAAAAAAAAAGAAGAAGAAGAAGACAUUGCUGUGGACAUCUGCUCAGUCCUUAGAACUAGAGAAUUUUGAAAUAUAAAACAGAGACCCUAGCCAAUGGAUGCCUUAGCAAUGCCCUAGAGUCAACAGGCAUGGGUAAUCUUGUUUUAACUUCUAAGGAUUUCUCACAUGUUCUGCAGAAGAGGGGCUCUGAGAAUUGCCUUUUUUUUUGGUUGCUAUGCCUGGAGGCCAGCUCACUUACAAGUCUCUACAUUCAUUGGGAGUGACCACAGCAUUUCAACUUGAGCCACCCAAACUAUGGUCACCCUGGGUAAAAAGGGUCAAAACAAUGCCACCUACUGUUCUGUGUGUUUAAGGGUCUUUAGGAAGGGUUGGUCACCUCUCCCCUCUCAUUGAGAUUGCACAUUCCAGUCUCAUUAUAGAUUUAUUUCCUUUCAUCCUUCUCCUCCAUCAUCUUCCCUUUCUUUCUCUCCUUCCUUUCUCUCAUUCCUUCCUCCCUCCCUCCCUUUUUUCCAAUUUUCUCUCUCCUUCCCUUCCUCAAUCUCUCUCUCUCCAAAUUAAACACUGCCCAUCAUUGAAGAUAUAUAGUAAUAGAAGCCUAAGAAGAUGAAGAAAUAUUCCUGCCUGGAAAGUGUGUGUUCCUCAAAAACUGCUCCCUUUUCCACCAAAUUUCAAUCAUUCAGGUCCUUCCUGGUAUAUUUUAAACCAAAGCCAAAGUGAAGCAGGUAUUACUUGGGCGGUGGGGAAGAAAGUUUCUUACCUGGGUAAUGUUUAACUUUAAUAAACACACUUAAACAACACCUAAGGUGCCUUUUCGUCAUGCCAGAUUCUUCCUCUGUAAAGUUUUACCUACAUCUUCCUUUUGUCCCCGUGGUGAUCCAGUCUUGCCCACCCACAUCAAGAGACGUUAAUUAGGAGUGUCGUUUCCUGUCAAAAGUAUGUAUGUGCCUUCUCC